GGGGCUGAGGCUGCGAAGCCCCGCCCCACGCCCACGAGGAAGUGGCUGCGGGUCCCAGAGCCGGUUCGGCGCGUCGACUGUCCAGAGUCCGCGGCCGGGGCGCCCCGAGAAGCUGAGAAGCCAUGGCCUACCACAGCUUCCUGGUGGAGCCCAUCAGCUGCCACGCCUGGAACAAGGACCGCACGCAGAUUGCCAUCUGUCCCAACAACCACGAGGUGCACAUCUACGAGAAGAGCGGGGCCAAGUGGGUCAAGGUACACGAGCUCAAGGAGCACAACGGGCAGGUGACAGGCAUUGACUGGGCCCCUGAGAGUAACCGCAUCGUGACCUGCGGCAUAGACCGUAAUGCCUACGUGUGGACACUGAAGGGCCGCACGUGGAAGCCCACGCUUGUCAUCCUGCGGAUCAACAGGGCUGCUCGCUGUGUGCGCUGGGCCCCCAAUGAGAACAAGUUCGCUGUGGGCAGCGGCUCCCGAGUCAUCUCCAUCUGCUAUUUUGAGCAGGAAAAUGACUGGUGGGUAUGCAAGCACAUCAAGAAGCCCAUUCGCUCCACCGUCCUCAGCCUGGACUGGCACCCCAACAACGUGCUUCUGGCUGCGGGCUCCUGUGACUUCAAGUGCCGUAUCUUCUCAGCCUACAUCAAGGAGGUGGAGGAGCGACCGGCACCCACCCCAUGGGGCUCCAAGAUGCCCUUUGGGGAGCUGAUGUUUGAGUCCAGCAGUAGCUGUGGCUGGGUGCAUGGCGUCUGCUUCUCAGCCAGCGGUAGCCGCGUGGCUUGGGUCAGCCACGACAGUACCGUAUGCCUGGCCGACGCCGACAAGAAGAUGGCCGUCGCGACUCUGGCCUCUGAAACGCUGCCGCUGCUGGCCCUGACCUUCAUCACAGAAAACAGCCUGGUGGCUGCGGGCCACGACUGUUUCCCAGUGCUUUUCACCUACGAUGGCGCCGCGGGAACGCUCAGCUUCGGUGCGCGGCUGGACGUGCCCAAGCAAAGCUCGCAGCGCGGCUUGACAGCCCGUGAGCGCUUCCAGAACCUGGACAAGAAGGCGAGCUCUGAAGGUGGCGUGGCCAGCGGGGCAGGCCUAGACUCACUGCACAAGAACAGUGUCAGCCAGAUCUCGGUGCUCAGCGGGGGCAAGGCCAAAUGCUCGCAGUUCUGCACUACCGGCAUGGACGGCGGCAUGAGCAUUUGGGAUGUGAAGAGCUUGGAAUCAGCCUUGAAGGAUCUCAAGAUCAAAUGACCUGUGAGGAGUGUUGGCCUCAUCCCAGCUGCUGGGGAAGGGGUCUGGGAGGCUAAGGCUCGCUUUGCUGAAUGUUUCUAAGGUACCCACUUGGGUACCCACAGUGGGGAGAGGGGUAGGGGGUAGGAAGCUUUUCUUAAUCUAUUUGAAGGAACAUGUGCCUUUUUCUUACUUUCAUUUAUUGUAAAAAAAAGAAGUCCCCAAAGCACUCUGCUGGUCAUGAACUGCUUCGAAACUUGGAAGUAAUAAAAAUACAAUUGUAGACAUGUCUCCUGUUUGGAAGAAGUUAGAUUUUGCACAGGCAUAAGUAGCUUAUUUUGGUUUGCCAGCAAAAUGAUCCAUAAAUCCAAGGGCCUUCCCCCACUGCAGUCCAGCCUGGGGGCUGCCAGGACCAGGCAUUCUUUCCUGUCAUUCAUUUAAUAGAUUCCUAGACAAGUGGUUGUACAUUCCAAGCUGGUUCUGGGCUUUAAUGGAAAUUUAAUAUUUCUCUAUUUGAUGUUUGCA